AUGGCGUUGCAAGCAGCAGGUUGUUUCUCGGUUGUUUUAGAAUGCGUACCUGCACCUGUAGCUGCAGCAGUCACAUCAACCCUCCAAAUCCCCACAAUUGGCAUUGGAGCUGGUCCUUUCUGUAGUGGUCAAGUGCUAGUUUACCAUGAUCUCUUGGGGAUGCUGCAAGGCCCUGAUCAUGCAAAGGUUGCUCCAAAAUUCUGUAGGCAGUAUGCACAGGUUGGAAAUGAGAUCAACAGAGCUCUUCGAAAGUACAAGGAAGAAGUCACAAAUGGUUCCUUUCCCGACACCCUCCAUAGCCCCUAUAAAAUUUCGGCUAAUGAAUUGGAUGGUUUUGUGAACGAGUUGCAGAAGCUCGGUUUGAGCAAUGCUGCAUCUGCAGCUUGUGUUGCAGCCGGAAAGGCGGAGGCCGACAACAAUCAUUAUGCCAGUGUUGCCGUUGCAGCUGGAGGAUGA